AUGGGCGAAGCAGAGAAAUACCGGCAGGGCGACCCCCAGCAGCAGUUCCAGAAUCCCGGCCAGAGCCAGUAUCGCAACCAGCAGCCUCCAAACGGCCAAUAUCAAGAACAUCCGUACGGCCCUCCUCCGCCUUACAGCUUCAACCCUCCGCAGCCCCACGACGAGAAAUACUCCUUCAACGAUGCCUUCAAGCUGGAAAAGCCCAAGUACAAUGACUGGUGGGCGGGCCUCCUUUUCCUCGUUGCCUUUGCAGGCUUUGUGGCCAUCUCGGGCAUCGCAAUCAACGGCUACAGCAGCGGCUUCCACGGUGAUGGCAUCUACGCUGACCUCAACAGCUUCUCGCUCAACAGCAAUACCAUCAUACUCUUCGCGUUUUGCCUGGUCAUCGCCUUUGUGUUUUCGUACGGAUACGUCUGGCUGGCACGCAUCUUCCCAAAGCAGUUCAUAUGGAUCACUGGCAUCCUCAACCUGGCAUGGGCGCUUGGCACGGCCAUAUUCUACUUGAUCAAGGGAUACUGGUCUGGAGGAAUAGUCUUCCUCAUCUUUGCCGUCUUCCUCAUCUUUGCGUUCUGGACCUGGAUUGGCCGGAUUCCCUUUUCGGCACUGAUGCUCAAGACGAGUAUCGAUGUCAGUAAGAAACACGGCCAUGUUUACAUCGUCAGUCUCAUUGGGGGCCUUGUGGCAACGGCAUUAGCUGCUUGGUUUUCCGUCACGCUGGUUGCAAUCUACGUCGCCUACGAACCCUCGCCCGACAAUCCACGAUGCUCCGUCUCAGGGAACAACUGCAGUCAUGGAAAAGUUAUUGGCUUAGUCGUCUAUGUGACGUUUGCCAUGUUCUGGUUCUCCGAAUGGCUCAAGAACACCGUCCACACCAUUAUCGCCGGUGUCUAUGGAUCGUGGUACUUCUCGCCGCAUAACUUUCCCAGAAAGGCCACUCGCGGCGCCGCCAAGAGAGCACUCACGUAUAGUUUUGGAUCAAUAUGUCUCGGCAGUUUGAUAGUGGCCUUUAUCCAGUUCCUGAAGCAAGUGUGUAGCGUCGCUCGGUCUCAGGGCGCAAACGAAGGUGGUGCGGGUGGCUGGAUUGCCUAUGCUAUUUUCUGCAUUAUUGGAUGCCUAUUGAGCAUCAUUGAAUGGGUCGUGGAAUUCGUCAACCGAUAUGCUUUCUGCCACAUUGCGCUUUACGGCAAAGCUUACAUCGCCUCUGCCAAGGAUACCUGGAGGAUGAUCAAGGACCGCGGCAUUGAUGCCCUCGUCAAUGACUGCCUCGUUGGCCCCGUUCUUUCCUUUGGUGCCAUCUUCAUUGGCUAUGCAUGCGCCCUUUUCGCUUACCUGUAUCUCCUCGAGACCGACCCGCCGUACAAUCGGGACGGCGGAUUCACUGCGGUCAUUAUGGCGUAUGCCUUCUUGAUUGGCUUCCAGAUUGCGCACAUCUUUACGACACCUUUGGGAAGUGGUAUCGAUACCAUCUUUGUCGCUGCUGGCUGGGAUCCGCAGGUCAUGAUGAGGGACCACCCAGAGCUGUAUCAUGAGAUGGUUCGGGUCUACCCAAGAGUCCAGCAGGCCAUUCAUUGA